UAAAGGCUGUCCACCUGUUACCCGUGUACGGUGUGUAUCAUAUGAAGAUUAUUUUUAAUCAGUGAAGGGUCCCCCCUAUUGGAGGCUUUUGAAAAAUUGUCUGAAACUGAAGCCGGACCGGACCCCUUUCGGUAGAAAACUGUGGAAAGCGGUAGACGCCCGAGUCCAAUCACUCAGCCUCGACUCCACGAGUUAUUGGGCUUUACGCCAAGAUUUACUUAUGUUGGGUGCCGCCACACGUCCGGACGCUGACUCUUAAAGAACGCAUCCAACCUCAAUCUUUUCUCCCUCGUCCACCUGUUCCUGAACCCUUACUGUAUCCUCCUUAUACUUUCCAUCCCCCAGCUCUCCGUCACUGUGACAUUCUCCCCAACACUCUUACCCACAUUUUUCCACCCUAGGAAGCCUCAACCCAACCAAAGCUCAACACAAAAUGUCUGACGAUUGGGAUUCCGUUACCAAGAUCGGUUCCAAGGCUGGCGGUAACGCUCAGCGUACAACCGUCGCCAGAACCCAGUCCGAGAUCAACGCAGCCAGAAGAGCGGGUGCUGUUGUUGCCACCGAAAAGAAGGUAUUUGAAUGCGAAAUGUUACGAAAUUUUGACGGUUGGAACCUGAGUGCUAAUGUUUCCGUAGUAUGCGACCGGGAACAAGACCCAGAGCACCGAGGGUCAGCGCUUAACAAAGGUCGAUCGUGAGAACGAGGUUGCUCCGCCACCCAAGAUCGAUCAGGGCGUUGGAAAGGCUAUGUCUAAGGCCCGCCUCGAUAAGACUCCCACCAUGACACAAAAGGACCUUGCAACCAAGGUUAAUGAGAAGCCAUCCGUGAUCAACGAUUACGAAUCCGGCCGUGCUGUUCCCAAUCAGCAGGUUCUCGCCAAGCUUGAGCGUGCACUUGGCGUCAAGCUGAGAGGGAGGGGUCAGUGUCAUCAUUUCCAUCAUCCAAAUUUUCUCAUUUUUUUAAGACUUUCAUAUUAUCCCCGCGAUAUGCUGACGAUAUGCGACAGAAAUCGGCUCUCCCCUCGGUCCCAAGAAGAAGUAA